UAGUCCAUACAGACGGCGGAAAAUGUUUACUGACCGGAAGGGGCUGUUAUGUCUCCAAGAUUUUGAGCUGAUUUUGCAAGUUUUCAGCUGAUUUUUCCACGAGUUACGGCAUCCCAAUGGAGCCGGGUGCCAAGGUCCGCGCCAUCUUUGAUUUCAUCGCCUCGGCUCCAGACGAGCUCCCUCUCCACAUCGGUGACAUCAUCGUGCUCCAACAGAAGGUGGACCACGAUUGGCUGAUUGGCUCCUGCAACGGCCAAUCAGGAACCUUCCCUGCCAACUUUGUGGAGUUGGUGGUCGACGAGGCUGCUGCGUCCUCAUCGGGGAGGUUUGCCAGAGGUCAGAAGGUCGUCUCCGUGGAAACGUACAACGCUGGCGCGGACGGCGACUUGUCUUUCAAGAAAGGCGAUGUCAUCGAAAUCACAAAGCAAAUCGAUGACAAUUGGCUGGAGGGAAGACUAGGCAAUGAGACCGGUAUCUUUCCCGUAACCUACAUCAGUGAAGAGGUUACGCAACAUGCGUCCACCCCAGGUGAUAUUCUCCAGGCGCGUGCUCUUAGGGACAACUUAGGCCAGUUACAAGACGAGCUCAGCUUCCAGAAGAACGACAUCAUCACGAUCGUCGAGAAAAUUGACGAGGACUGGUACAGGGGCACGUUCAACGGGAAAACGGGGACGCUGCCGGCACUCAAUGUCGAGAUUCUCAAACCGGGGAUUGCUGUUCAACCGCCCACGUCAUCGGACGUCGGGAAAGAUACUGUUGAUUACAAUGCUGUUAAUGAAAGACUCAAAAGUGCAAUGCAGGGUGGGAAAUCGUCGGCACCGGGAAGCCCGAAGAUUGCAAACAAUCAUAGCGGGGAGCCGUGGGCUAAGGCGACGUUCCUGUUUACCGCGGAGCAUCCGGGAGAAAUCAGCCUGAUGGACGGUGACCGUGUGACCCUCCGACGGCGAGUUGAUGAGAACUGGCUUGAAGGAGAAGUGGGCGGUAACGUGGGCAUCUUCCCAAGCAACUACGUCCAAAUCCAGGUGGAUAUUCCUGAGGGUUAUGUCCCGCCUGAGAAACCUGCGAGUAACUCCUCCUCCACUUCCAAACCCCAAACCCUCCCGGUGCCUUCAGGCAGUGCUAACAACAACAACCUGAAGGCAGGAGCAGGGAAAUGGAAAGGCAAACGGGUGAAGGUUCUCUUCGACUUCUCGGCUGUGACGGAUCAAGACCUCGGAGUGAAGCAAGGGGACGUCAUUACCAUCAUCGACAAAGUGGAUGCUGAUUGGUUCGAGGCCAAGCAUCCCUCAGGCAGGACUGGCUUUUUACCGGUGAACUAUGUGAAAGUCUUAGACAAGCCGAAAACCCCUUCAUUCAAGAGACCCGCGCCUCUACCGCCCAAGGAAACGCCUUCACCUGCCACCCAGAACGGAAGCGCAGCUUCGUCAGCAACAAACUCAGUCAACAUGGAUCUUUUGGACAUAUUCUCCACCCCGCCCGAAACAACGGGGAAGCCAGACGCAAACGCCAAACCUCCACUGCCGCCCAAAUCUGCGAAAGUUUUGUCCACGGAAAAACCGAAAGCCCCCUCUGCAAUAGACGAUCUCCUGUGCUUUGACCCCUUAGCUGACAAUCCAGGUGAUACAUCCCCACAUAUACUCCCCGACGUACAGCCUCUGAAACCCCAGGCCACGUCAGACCAGGUUGGGUUCAAACUCAGCGGGGGUGCUUACCGGCCUGUUAAUUUUGCCAGCAAGCAGUCCCCGCCAGAUGGCACAGCCGCUAAACCGUCAUCCGCCGCUAAUCCAUUCAGCAAUAUCAAAUCAGCCGACGAAGCCCAAAGUGCUCAAGGCCAUUCGUUGAUGGACAUGAGUCCCAUGGACAAACCCAGCACCUCCAUCCUAGCCCCCCUCAGUGCCCCACUCUCUCCUCCACCUCUCGACCCAGUGAACGUUUCCCAAACCCCUACAUCCAAACCCCCACUGCAAAAGAAACCCAGCUACGAGCUGUUUUCAGCCAAGCCUUUCGCCCCAGUCACUACCACCAAAAUACACAGCGUCGCCCGGCCCGGUAGUCAGGGGUCGUCUGGUUCCCCGACUUCCCCAAAGUCUCCCAAAUCGCCCAAGUUGAAGCAAGGCCUGUUGACACCCAUGCAGGUGAAUCAGGAGUUGGACAGAGCUCUGUGUGAAGUUGAUGCCUCCUCUAGUCCCCCAACUUCCGAGCCAAGCAAGCCGAAAUUCAACCCCUUCUCUGCAACUGAUUCGGCAGAGUUGGCCCCAGAAACCCUUCCACCCGUACCUCCUCGUCAACCCUCUCCAAAUCCCUUCUCAGCAGAGAACAAGCUCUCUUCAUCCGAAAUACCCCCUCCCUUACCUCCUCGCCAACCAUCCCCUAAUCCAUUCAAGGCGGAAUCACCUCCCCUCACCGCCCCACCACCUUCACAACUCCCACCGCCAAUUAUCACCCAAUCAGUACCUCAAACCAUCCAGCCGCUCGCCCCCACCCCAGCCCCCAAACCUCAGCUGCCACCCCCUCUUCCUACCUCUAACCCUCCCUGCCAAAAUCCUCUCGGCCUUCGCCCGGUGGAUCUCAUCCGUGACGACAGUGUCGCAUCGGAUUUCUCCGACGACUACCUAAUGCAGAACAUCAACUUUAGCAUCCGACCUUCCAACUCGGACUUCCAAGCCCCAACAGCAUUCAAGCUGCCUCCUCCCCCAACCAAGUCCAAAAUCAAAGCAUCCACCGUGGAAUCGCCGAGGAGUCGAAGAAAAUUCAACCCAAAAAGCGCUGUUCCCAGACCGAGGGGGCGGAGCUUAGAUAGAGAAGGUGGAAGCUCCUCUGAAGAUUAUGAGUUGCCUCCGGACCAGAACACUCAAGCCGACAGGGAGCAGUUCCAGCAGGAUCUGCGUAGCUUCCAAGCCAGCGUGCAGCAGAUGUUUGACCCCAGCAAGUUUGAGGCCAACGGAGACGACGACCUGUUCGGGAUGCCUCACAGGGAACCCCCACCUCCGCCUGAUGGGGUCGCCAUAGCGACAGACCAGACUGCAUCCCUGCUGGACGGAGCCUUUGAUGAUUUCGCAGGCACCCCACCUCCAGCAUCCACCACCCAGACGUCCGAAAGCUCGGCCCCGGUUGCCGAUAUCCUCGGACUCGGGCUAGAUCCCCCUGCGACCAGUAGUAGCCCUGCUUCAGGGUCAAAGAUGAAGCCAAGUAGAACGGCUCCUGGGAGGCCGAAAGAACCCGCCCCUAAGAAGAAGGCAAUGCCGCCACGCCCCGCCCCUCCAAAGUUUGGACCGGGACACCGAUCGGCCGAGGAUGAGCUCCUGGCGAAACUACGACCAGAAGGAAAUAACCAGUUGGAUUUGGAAACCCAGGAAACAGUGAAUGCAUUACAGGGUAGUAUCGCAGAGUUGAAAGAAGCUAUCGCGGUACAACAGGUGCAGAAGAAAACCUAUGAGCAGAUGCUGCAGGCAGCCACUGCUGAGGAGAUUGAAGACAUGGAACAGCAGUUGACUGACUGCAUCGGAACCAUUGAGAACAUGCAGACGGAAAUGCAAAGUUUAGAAGAACAACUGCAAGAGGUGCGGCCCACCCCCGCCCCUGAAUCCAAGAUGACGGCGGCUGAUUUCAGAGAGAAGGUCAUCACGGAGUUGGUGACAACGGAGCAAGAUUACGUCCGGGAUAUCAAACUGUGCCAAGAAGGCUUCAUGAUGGUUCUUAAGGACAAGCAGGACGUCAUCAGCCAGAUUCUCAUCCGGCAACAGCUGGAGGAGAUUGAGAGAAGCGGCGAGAAGAAACCGACCAAAGGCCUGGAACUGGAGAUUCUGUUUGGCAACAUGGAGCAGGUCAUCGAGACAGCCGAGAAGUUCCUGAAGGAUCUUGAAGAGACGACCGAGGGGAAAGCACCGGAGGAACAGGUGGUGGGUCAAGUGUUUAUGCAGUAUAGCAACGACCUGCACAAGGUGUACGCCGAGUACUGCCGUAACCAUGACGAUGCAACUACGUUAUUGGAAAAGUAUGAGGAAAAUGACGAGGUUCAAGAGUACAUCAACCAGGGUCUAGAGCUUGUCAGGCAAAGUACGAACUGUUGGGAUCUGGCGUCGUUCCUCAUCAAGCCCGUCCAGAGAAUCCUCAAGUAUCAACUACUCCUCACAGAACUGGACAAGUAUACCGACGACAGUGUCUCAGACAAGCCCAACCUACAAGAAGCCAUACAGACGAUGAUGGAGGUAGCCAAAGCCAUCAAUGAAUUCAAGAGAAGGAAGGACUUGGUAAUGAAGUACAGACGUCCGGGCCAAGAAGCAAUCAGCGACAAACUGGGCAAACUCACCUUCCACUCGAUAAAGAAGAAAUCCCAACGCAUCAAUGAACGAUUCACGCGGAUGACUGGUCUCACCACACAGACUGUAGACGGAGAUUUUGACCAAAUGGAAAGGAGGUUUAAAAACCUAGAGAAGACUAUCAGGAUUUACGUCAAGGAUGUCAACGCCUACUUGGAACAACUCAAGGAUGCAACAUCGUCCGAGGCAGCCGUAGGCAGCGAUAUUUCCGAUUAUUACGCCAGCCAGUCCAACUUACACGAAGUCAACAAAUACGAAGCAGUGCAACGUCAUCUGGCCAACAAACUUUACAAAGACUACACGUUAUUCGUUCAGCAGAGGGUCAUCUCCCCUCUCAAUGGUCUCCUGAUCAUGUUCCAAGGGCCGCACAAGCUGAUUGACAAGAGAUACGAUAAACUCCUAGACUACGACAGCUACAGCAAAAAGCUAGAAAAGAACAAGGAUAAAGACCGUGUCAAACAGCACAAAAGCAAAGACAAGGAGAAAGAGAAGGAAUUGGAAGACAGCGACGAUGACGCCACGUCGGUCGGCAGUCACAAACGUCUCAAGGAGAAACACAGGAAGGAGGAGCUCAAAGAUGAGAAAGACGUUGCCAAGAAGAACUACGAAGCCCUCAACGUCCAACUCAAGGACGAGUUGCCAAAACUCUGCGACAUGGGUCUGUCGCUCUUCAAGAGCUGCGUGGUGUCGUUUGUGGAGGCGGAGAGAGACCACAUCAACUCGACCCUCAAGAAGCUGUACCCCCUACUUGAGCUCUCUAUCGUCAAGUCCAGCUCCCUCUCAGACAUCAUGAAGACCUUUGAGACCUCGCAUAUGGCGGCCGUUGAGGACAUGCACAAGUUCUCCUUUGUUCCUAAGAGUCUUGAUAAGAAGGGUGACCGGCGUUCUGUCUACGGGACCAACUCGGAGCCCACACCGCCGCCUAGUGCACCGCGGCCUGAUCCUGGCUCUCAGUCGGAGAAACAGAAAGCCAGCAUCACUUCCCGGUACCCGGCCAACAGGGUCUACCAAGUAUCAACGGAAUUCAACUCCCAGCAACCGAUGGACAUGUCUGUCAAGAAGGGGGAGAUUGUGGGCAUCAUUAAGGAGCAGGAUCCCACGGGAAGCGGGCAGAAGUGGUACGUGGACAACGGAGCUUCACAAGGCUUCAUUCCCUCUGCCAUUCUUCAAGCUGUGGGCGGUGAAACCACGAGCCCAGAAGGUUACGGUAGCGAUGACGAUUGGAAUGCAUUCACACAAAGGCAGCAACAAGCACAGUACUACUAUGCCGAGUGGGAAUUCACAGCAUCGGCAGAGAACGAGCUAUCUCUGGCCGAGAGGGACGUGGUCCAACUAAUCUCAGAUCGAGACAUUGAAGGCAACUCGGAAUGGUGGCUGAUGGAUAAGAACGGGCAACGGGGCUACGUCCCAUCGGCCUACCUUGCCAAAAUUGACUGAAAGUAGGAGGUGCAUGUGAUUACACCUGUAUCAAGACUGUUACUUGAGCUAAUGGCUUUGUGCAUGACCAAGAGAGGGCAGCCUAACAAUGUACAGCAAAUAUAGAUUGGUUCUUGGUCCCUCUGUUAUAUUCAAGACUAUUAAGGGAGGGUUGGGAACCAGUCUUGAACUCUCAGUGGCAGUGUUGGUUACAGUCGGACUUCAUUGUCAAAAUCGACUGAAUUUGUUAGCGGAUACAUGUUAUUGCUAAUUUCAAGAUCUUAACUGGAGCUAUUGUCAAUGUGCAUGAUCCAAAGAGGGCAGCCUCUCAAUGUACAGCAAAGAUAAGUCGGUCCCUGGUCCCUCUGUUAUAUUGUAGAUUAUAAAGAGAGGGUUGGGAACUUAUCUUUAACUCUAAAAAUGUGAAAUGUGGCAACUCUCCCUCUGCCCACAUUGACUGAGGUAUUGGCUGUUGGCGCAUGAGUAACCAGAGUAAAGUAAUGCAAAGGUGGGCUGGUUCCUGGUCAAUCUAGUAAAUUCAAGACUAUGAAGGGAGGGUUGGGAACCAAUCUUAAACUCUAACAUUGGCAGUGUGCGUACAUGCCCAUGGCCUACCUAGUCACCAUUGAUUGAAUGUUGUAGCAGGUGUUGGCCUACAUCAGCACCCUUACUGGAGCCAGGGUUUUGCCAAACCCUGGCUACAUUUUCGGCUAAAGUGUUUAAUCCGUCUUAAUUGCCUCUUGUCUUGCCUACACAGACAAUAUAAUAUGUUUUACAGAAAGGUGAGGUCCAACUAAAUAUUGGCAUUGUGUAGCUUAUAAAGGAGCAAACUAGUAAAAGGUCAAAAUCAUCACCGUUUUCACGAACUGACAUGCACGCGCUGUGUGCUUUCAGUUCAUGAAAAUAAAUUCGGUUUUCAUGAACUGAAACGCAAGCAUGUUGCGGAAAUACAAUUCAGAGAAAAAGAAAAAAUGCUUUUAAAGGUUUGACACGUGUAGAAAAGUUUAUUACACGAACCCAUUGCGUGUUUCAUUAGCUGUGACUUCAACCAGAUGUAUUUUUUAUCCUAUUUAUUUGUAUGUAUGCUAUUAUGUUACUUAACCUUUUUUAUACCUAUGCCAUUUCGCUAUCGGUACGUCUUUGUCAGUAUUGUUUGGAGAUAUCUCUUUUUGUAAUUUAAAGUUCUUUUUUUCAUGUGCAAGCUGCAUUUUCCCCAAAUUUUUCAUUGUUUUUAUAUUGCCAAACAAAAUCUACUUUGGAAAACUGUAUGUUUUUUUUUUUUUUUAAUGAAAAUGGAUAUAAGGUAUAAUGGAUAUAAGAUAUGAAAUAUUUUGGUAUGAAGAAAUAUUUAUCUUAACAAGGUGAGCAAUUUUCUUAUUAUAAUUUUUAUUAUUCUUAUUGGGUUUUUUUUGGGGGGGGGGUGUUCGAUCUUCAGCAGGUCAACUAAAACCAUAAUUUCUCUCCACCACCGUCUGUUAAUUUCAUUGGGUCUUCACCUCUCAUUUUUUUGUCCACAAGUACUAAGUACAGUGUGUGUCAAUAAAAAUGUAGCAGUCAAUCCAUAAAUAUUAAAAAUACUAGCAAUUUCGUUUUGCAAAAGUUGUCUAUAGAGUCUGAAGGUGUAGUAAAUACUCUACACAAUGGUUUUUAUCCCAUCUCAUUUGGACACCCCAGUCCAGAGACACAGCUAAUUAAAUGAAAUGACAUGAAUUCUAAGUUGAGCCGCUUUUCAGAUUAUCUGGCAUCCAAUGAAAGGCAUUCACAUACCAAGAAGGCGUGUGAAUGCCCCUCAUCAGACAUUAGUCAAUCUGAAAAGUGGCCCAAAGAGAGUUUGACAUCUGUACAAGCUUUGCCGUAACUUUUAAACAAAAGGUCCAAAAAGCCUCUGUAAUGAUGACGUCACACUUUGUUGACAUGUGCACUUUUCUAUGGAGCCAGUGGGGCCCCAUGUUCCACUGAGCACCAUAGGAAAGCACACACGUAAACAGAGUGUGACGUCAUAAGUACAGAGGCUUAUUCACACUGAACAGAAAUCCUGUCAAGUGUAAA